GUGGUAAUACAUUCCGAAUUGCUUACCUUGGGACUGUUCUUACAUCGCGUGUCUGAAAUUCUUAGCACGUUCCUGUCUCAGCCUAAGUCUGUAGUCUUCUGGUAUAUAUAGUUCAGUGAACGUCUGGAAAUCGUCAACACAAAGGUUUGAAGAAUUGGGCCAGACUUCUGAAUCGUCAUGAACAUUUUGGUGGCUCUGCUUGUGGUGCUAGUGGCAGCCAACGUGGCGGCCCAGCAUCUCGCCUGGCCAUACGGUGCAACUCUCUUACAAGCUGGCGCCGUGGCUCCAGUUGUGGCCGUGAAGGAACCUUCCACCGUGCUCGUCAAGUCUCUGGUGGAAAACCCCAUGCACAUGAAGGGUCUAUUCGGAGUGCCUGUAUCCAGCAUAUAUCAAUAUCCCCACGUCGUACAAGUCGCCAUCCCUUCGCAGGACACCACCCGGGGAAUGCCACAGCCCGUGGAGGACACUCCUGAGGUAAAGAACGCAAAAGCCCUCUUCGCCAAGGAAUAUGAGAAGGCGGCAAUUGCAGCCGCACUGGCACCUGAAAUGCGCAAGCGCCGUGACAUUUCAUCGAUAAUGAUGAAGGAGGUUCCAGCCAGUACCACGCAUCUGCGCAGUCCCAUGCAGUACCCGUGGCCCUUGGUGACCUUCUCCGCUGACCACUCGUGGGUGUCCGGCCACCAAGUUCCGAGCCACUUCGCGCAAACUCCCGGAGUCUACGGGGUUCCUCCAGUCCCAGUCAUUACUUACUAAACUCAUUCGUACCCUGACCCAUUUUAUUUGUUCGACCAGCCCUUAGUUCUUUCCCCUUCCCAUAAAGUGCGAUCUAUUGACAGGCCUUUGGAUUUGUGUCUGUUAUUGUCAGCAGAAUUCUUUGGCGCAGUUCGACGGCUUUAGGACUUCCUCCACUUAUCUACACUGACGAGUAAGAAAUGUCGUCAAAUGAAAAUUGAAAGGGUUUAUUUCGUCGUCAGGCGUAGUAUAGUUACACGAAGUUGUAGCAAUUAAUUUUAAAAAAUUUGAAUUAAUUACAUAUCUCUGUUUAGGCAUUUCAAGUACCAAAUCAAGGAGUUGGAGAGAGGAAAUUUAAAUUAUUCAUUUUCUGAGACUAAAUUCACAAUUUGUAAAAGAUAUCCGGUAAUCUAAUCGUAAGGUGUUGUAAAUAUGCCUAAUCAUUAGUACAUAGUCACUACGCCUCACACACACACACACACACACACACACACACAUAUAGAUUCGCACAGACUGAAGUCAUAUUUGCCAUUUUCGUUGUUAUUCAAAUGUUGACCAUCACAUUUCUGUAUGAAUGCAGACAUUAUAUAAAGUAUGUCGUUAUAAAAUUGCCUCAACUCUGACCUUUUAUAAAUGUUAAUGGCUUUCAUCUGUAAAGUAGCGGCUCCGGUCUAGAAAACCGAAAUUAACGGCCUUGGGGAUUCGACACCCUCUAUCCGCUAAA